UCACAUGAUUAGAAAAUGGCAGCGUUCAUGAGAAAACUGGUGUUGAUUUUGUAUUUAUCUGUAUUUUUCUGUGCCAAAACAAUAUCAACCUUACCAAUAGUUGUCAAUACUUGGCCUUUUACAAAUGCAACUGAAGCAGGUUAUAAUCAGUUUUUGAAUGGAGGAAGUGCUGUAGAUGCUGUUGAGAAAGGUUGUUCCAGGUGUGAAGUUCUAAGAUGUGAUGGCUCAGUUGGAGAAGGAAGUGACCCAGAUGAAAAUGGGGAGGUUACUUUAGAUGCAAUGAUAAUGGAUGGGGAAACAAUGGAUGUGGGUUCUGUUGGUUGUUUGAGGAAUAUAAGCUCUGCAAUUAGUGUAGCACGCAUGAUCAUGGAAAGAACAGACCAUACUCUCUUAGCAGGAGAACUGGCUACCAAGUUUGCUGUAGAAAUGGGCUUCAAAGAAAGUGACCUCAGUUCUAACAAAUCUGAUAUGAUGUACAAGCAGUGGAAGGAAAACAACUGUCAGCCUAAUUUUAGAGUGAAUGUCAGUCCAGAUCCCAAGAAGAGCUGUGGCCCUUACAAUCCAAAUGCUGUUUUAUCCAAAAUACAGAACAGAGAAGACAAACAAGUCAGUUAUUUAAACCAUGAUACAAUUGGAAUGGUGGCAGUUGAUAAAAAUGGGCAUGUGGUCUCUGGAACCACAACAAAUGGACUAAAUCACAAAGUACCAGGUCGAGUUGGUGAUUCCCCAGUGGUAGGGGCAGGGUCCUAUGCUCAGAAUGGAAUGGGUGGAGCAGCCGCCACAGGAGAUGGUGAUAUUAUGAUGAGGUUUCUACCCUCAUACACAGCUGUGCAGCUAAUGGGGAGUGGAACAAGCCCAUCAAAUGCUGCUCUCUUCUCCAUCAAACCCAUCAUCAAGUACUUCCCAGAUUUUAAUGGAGCUGUGAUUGCAGUAAAUAAUAAAGGAGAACAUGGCGCAGCAUGCCAUGGCUCUGGUAUUGGUACAUUCCAUUAUUCUGUGAUGGACAAUCCUGAUAAAGUUAAUUUGUUCUCUGUAAAAUGUGUAUAACUUUAUACAGAAUUGGUAACAAUUGUCUUUCCAGCAUUUCUGUGAUUACAAGCAUUUAUAAAUAAUGUGGAUUCAGUAUAUCUUUGGAGGAUGAAAUUUUGUGGGUAGCCCUGUUCUAUGAAUUUAAAACCUCAAUGAAGUACAAAUUUAUAUCUUUUGAUGUACAGAAUCUAUAUCCAUGAAAAUAGGAGAGUUUUGAGUUACUGCCAGAACACUGUUUUAUUCUGAAUAUACACACUCCAGUCACAUGAUUUUGAAGUUUUGGUUGUCGUCGUGUAUCGUGCGAUUUCCAGUGUAGACGAUACAUGUACAAGUAUGUGUAGUACAAGUUCUCCAAUGUGAUAUAAUGUGCUGCAGAGGGCCAACACGCUGAUACAAGAAAUGUGUUGGUGCAGAAGUGGCAGGCCGACAGCCAUACCUCAAUACUUUUGCAAAAAGAGAGGGAAGGGCAAUGUAUUGAACAUUUGAAAUAUUCGUCUUUUAAUACAGAGAACAAUAAUUUCUGCAAUAUAUAGACUAGAUGUGGUCACAAGUCUCCCCUUCUCAGGCUGUUGGCUGGUAUAAUGUCAAGAAGCAGUUAUGUUCUACAUUGUGAACUGAUGUGCAUGUAACACCCAUUUUUGAAAAUAUUGUUUAAGCUCUGGUACAUUUAAAGUGUAAAAAUCAGCCAUGCCUUUAAUUUUCUUCCACUUAGAAAAACCCAACUUGCAAGAAACAAUAAGUUCAUAGGGCUAUUGUAAAGGCAUGUAUAAAAUUCAGGGGAAACUGGUCUUCUAGCAGUAACUUGAAACUCGCUGACUAGUCUAACAUAGUUCUACAGUUUGUACCUGAUAAUUGCAGACAAGUCUCGGUAACCUGACUAUAUGUUACUUGAAUGAGUAGUGAUGCAUUAUGCGGCUUGUUUAUUCUCCACAAUACAUGUACAGUGUAUUUAAAUUGUAAUGCAUGGUUUUUUUACAGAAUAAAAAAUUAUAUGUA